GGCUGGUCGUCCAGGACCAGCAUCAAGCCAGAACACCGCACGUGGCCAGAGGGUGUGCUGGUCCUGCGGAAGCCCGGGACACUUCCAGCGCCAGUGUCCGCAGCAGCAGACGACCGGCGCUAACCAGCCUCCUCGCACUCAGCCCGGCCGCUCGGGAAACCACUAGAAGCCAUUGCCACGGGUCCGGCAAUGGCUACUCUGCUGUGUGAUCCUGUGAUCCACUCCGGCACCACCGGUUGUGUGCCCUGUUCUGUGUGCCUUGAGCAAGUUUGUCCAUCGUCUAGUGAAUCCUCGCCGCCUGCUGUAUGUGAUGCAUGUGCUGUACUGACGGCACGUAACCCUGCUCCUGUACUGACUGUUCCUUGUACCACCACGCCCGAAUCGCUCUUCAUCACGACAAACAUUGGAGGCCAGAAAGUGUCGCUGUUGGUCGACACCGGCAGUGUUGUGUCGCUGGUUAGCACUGCUGUGUGGCACACUCUGGUCGGUCAGAAGGCUGUCUCUCCCGCUCGUCUAACCCCGCCUACGGUGUCGGUUCAAUCCGUGACGGGCAGUCCUGUUGCUGUCACUGGUCGGGUGGAACUGCCGAUUGAGAUUGCGUCCGACGUCCGCUGCCGUCAUCCAUUUCUCGUCGCUGACAUUGAAGUCUCUGGCAUUCUCGGUCUGGACUUCCUCCGUGCCACUCAGUGUCAGAUAGACAUGUCCAACUCCUGUUUGGUGAUGGGCGGCACUACGUAUCCACUGGACAGACCCCCACCACCCGGGAUCGCAUCGCCACGUCCCGCGGCUGUCCGAUUCGUGCGGCUGCUUACCCCUGUUGUUGUCCCCGGGUACUCGCAGACGUUGGCUCCGGCUUCUGUCCCGGAACAGGCUGGUUCUUUCGGCUCGGUUGCUCUGAUUGAGCCCCGCACACGGUUCCUGGACAAGCACCUCUUGGCUAUGACACCUACCCUAGUAGAGGACAAGUCAUGCCGGGAAUAUGUACCCAUCUGUCUGCAGAACCUCUCCCUCAAACCAGUCACGAUUCCGAAAGACACAAUCAUUGGUGAGCUGCACUCGUGCACUACCAUGGACGAUGAGCCAAGUCUUCCGCCUGCUCCUCUGGCUGCCUGCUGCAAUGCCACUGUUCCAGCAGAGAACCCAGCCACCCAGCCGUUCGACCUCUUUGAGAGACCACCUCUGGACGACGGGAACACCAAGGAGCUCGCCGAACUGCUGUCUGAGUACUCGGAUGUCAUAUCCACCGGACCGCAGGACCCAGGCGCAUUCCUGUCCACCUUCAGUCUGAGGUGAAGGCUCACGUCGACGACCUGCUACACAGAGACAUUAUCUCACCGUCGACCAGUCCAUGGUCUGCCCCGAUCGUUACUGUGCGGAAGCCUGACCAGUCACUCCGACUGUGCGUAGACUACAGAAAGCUGAACGCCAUCACCAUCAAGGAAGCCUACCCCAUCCCACGUGUCGGUACUGCCAUUGACCAGAUGUCCAGUGCCACUGUAUUCUCCACCCUGGACCUGACCAGCGGAUACUGGCAGGUGGAGCUCGACCAAGCGGCUCGCCAGAGGGCAGCGUUUGUGACACCGUUCGGCUUAUACGAGUGGCGGUCCAUGCCAUUUGGGCUAUGCAACGCGCCUGCAACAUUCCAGCGGUUGAUGAACGAGGUGCUCGGC